UUUGGGCGUAAUCAGUCGUAUGUAAUCGAUUGCCGAGCGUUAAAAAACAAGAGAGCCCAAACUUCUACAAAAGCGGUUUUCGCGCUACAGAAGCGACAUCAAGAUACACCUACCAGAAGGCUUUAUAACGACUUGUCACAGGACUUACAAAAAUGUGACUCAUCUUUGAAGUACUGAAGCCGAAGUUUCUUCGCAGGAGAAUAGAUUUACUUAAGACAUGAGUAUCCAGCUGCGGGACCUCAGGGUGUAAGAGGAAAUCACCAUGGCAACACAGUUUACCAUCGACGAUGCCUUUGUGCUGGAGGGAGAUGAGGAGGGAGCUGUGACUGACGGAGAGCCGCAGGGAUGGAAGGACAGAGACGGAGGAGAGAUGACAUUUGGUCCUUUGAGUUUCUCUAAACCUCAGAGUCAUCCCUCCCCUGCUGCCGCUGGCUCCCUUGAACCCACUAACCUCAAGUAUCAGAAUCUGGAAAAUGAAGACGCUUUGGGCAACAAUGGGAAUUCCUCUUUCAAUAACUUCUUCAAAAUCAGUGACCCCGCAACUCUGUCUUACUGCAGCUCUCAGUGGUCCUUCAGCACCUUGAGUUCUGUCACGCAGCUUUCUGCUCACUGCUGCGGGUGGGUGUCCCAUCCGCUGGUGAAGAAAAACAGAAGAGUUGUUCUUUCUUCGUUCCUUCUCCUCAUCACUGGAGUUGCUCUUAUUUUCACAGGUAUUGGCAUACAGCUCAAUCCAAGUGCAGGUAUUUCAAGUGCUAUUUUCUUCAUACCUGGAUUUCUUCUCUUUAUCCCCGGAGUGUACCAUGUGAUUUACAUCAGCUGUGCAGUCCGUGGUCGAAGAGGCUUCAAACUGUUCUACUUACCUUAUUUUGAAAAAUAACAUUUCAUGAGGCCAGACAUGUUCACUACAUUUCUUUCUGCUAUGUUAAAAUGAACUGUAUUUUGACACUCAUAACAAACCUGUUUGCCGUAAUAAGACCACUGCUGCUUUAACCACUCAGUGCCUUCAAUACAUUUCCACUACAUGAACAUUACUGUAUGUAUAUACCAAAAUGAGCGUGGUCUUGCCUGUGUAUUCUGUUUUUUGGGGGUUUUUUUUUGUUUUUUUGUGAAUGAUGACUGUGAAAUUACGAUAAAUUGUUGGUAUAUUUUAAUUUGUGUCAGUUGCUUUAAUUUUACUGUGGAGAAAUGAAAAGCCAGAUGUUAGGGUGGGGUCAAACUUAAUGCUUAAUGUGCCCAUAAAGGUGUAGGUCUAAUGUUGGCGCUUCAAAUGAUAUAUUUCACGCUAGAGAUAACACGAACAACAUAAAUCUUAUAUUGUUCUAAAUGAGACAUUCCCUUAAAUCUGAAUCUUUUAUUGAGUGGACUUUUCAGUGAAAACCAUUUUGACCUUCUGCUGCUGUUUCCUGGCUCUGAAAACUUUAUGUCCAUUAUUCACUCCAUUCAUCCACUGUUCUGAAAGGCUCUGCACAUUUAUUCAAUUUAAUUAAGAAGUAGCUUUGGAAGCAUCAAACCAAUUUGGUAGAAACAUUAGGAUGGCACAAACACAGUUAAGUAAUGGCUCUUUAAUUUUGUGUAUCCUUAUUUUGCACCUUCUAAUCCAUCUUUUGAAAGAUAACCUUUUUUUUUACAUCUUUACAAAUGUGAAAACAGAUGCAAAGUCUAAAUAAGACAAAAUCUUGUGCGCAAAGUCUUAAGCCACCCCUGACCAUUUUAAAGUUUGUUUGUUAAGCCACUUAACACUGACCUAUGAGUCAUUCAAGCAUAUAAAGGCACUCAAGGGAUUAACCAUUUGCAUCUACACAUAACAGACAACUUAGCAAAGAAACAAUUGCAAAUUGUAUCUUUAGGCUCUCUUACUAGCAACUUGUGCUAAAAACAUAUAAUUUGAUCCCAUUUCUUUAAUUAAAUCUACAAAAAAUGCCAAAGUUGAUUUGUUUUUCAUGUCAUUUGACAUUAAUUGGAGUGUUAAAACAAUUGUCUUUAUAAGGUAAUAAAAAUGAGAUUUGAUUAGAUUUGGAGGAGCAUAUCUGAUCAUACUGGUGUGUUUGUGGCUGGGAGGGAUCAAUCACAGUAUACCCCCUAAAAUAAACUGGACUGUACCAGUUGGGUACUUCAGACCUGAUCGGAUCAGUUUUGGUUAUGACAUACCAGCAGGCUAUAAUCACAUUUUAUUCCUAACAUCACAAAGG